AUGGAAAUCGAACCUAAUCGUUUUCUAUUAACAUAAAUCUAUUAAUGUGAUUACUCAUUUGAUAAUUCAGAGCAAGAAAGUCAAAGUUUCAUGAGUGACCAUCAGAUUUCAGAGAUGUUGGAAUGUGCCUCCUAAAUUAAAAUUGCUUAUUUAGGCAAUCAUAUACAAUUUAUCAUAAACAGUUUAGAUUGUGUGGAUAGAAAUAUGAUGUUACAUGACUCUGAUUUCCUUAAUGAUACUAUUAUCGGUCAUGAUUAGAUUAAACCGCCACUUGAUGGUUAGAUAAUGAGAAAUAUUAAUUCUUUAAUGAGGUUUCUUAAAAAAAAAGAUUAAAGUCGAGUUGCUAAAUUUAGGUUUCUUUAAUUUAAUGAUAUUUUGACAGGAGAAUUUGAAGAUAAGCACGAAAUUGACAAUCUGACUACUGAUUAUGGUUUAAUUGAAGUGGAAUCUGAAGACCAACGAUAACCAAGACAAUCUACUAUAAAGAUUGACAUUGCUAAAAUGUUCAUCAAAGCUGCUAAACCAAUUCAGAAAAAGAAAUCUAAUCAAGAUUAAUCUCCAUCUAGUGAGAGAUCAAAUCAAAAGCAUAAUUCUAAAAUAAUAUCCUCUCCUAGACAUCAAACUGUCAUUCAGCCAAACAAGCCUGUCAAACAAUUGCUAGAGGCUACUUCCAGUUAAAUAAGUGUGUUAAGAAGGAGAAGUGAUUCUCCCCAAGAAGAAAACAGUAUCAAAGAAAAUAGCAAUACCAACACUACUUAAUCUAACAAGAUGAAAGCCACUACUCAAACCAUUCAAAAUACCACAGCUCCGAUCUCACAAAAAGAGGAUCAAAUUAAACCCAAUACUAAGAAGAGUCAAGAAAGAAGAAAUGCUGUUAUGAUAUCUUCCAUGAGUAAACAUUCCUUACAAAUGAGAACUCAAAUUACUGAGGCUCGUAGAAGGUAAUCUAUUCCUGUUAUGGAAAUGGUUAAGUUGUUGAUAGAGGAACAAAAGUUAUCUGAAUUAGAAGAGGUCUUCGUCAACAAUCCGAAUUUGCCAAUCAAUUAGAAACUGAAAGAUGGAGACACGUUUUUAAUAGUUGCAGCUCAUACUGGCAAUGUCGACAUAGUUGAAUUACUUUUACGCAAAGGAUCUGCUGUAAAUUUAUAAAAUAAUUAUGGCGAUACAGCUUUGCACAAAGCUAUUGCUUACAGUUACUUCAAUAUUGCUGACAUCUUGAUUUCUUAGGGAGCACAAAACUUGAGAAAUCACGAUGGCUUUACUCCUUGGCAAUUUGUGUAAUGA